AUGGCUAGUCCUAUGAAAUCGUUGUCCGUUCGUAGCAACACUGAAGGAAAAUUAAGUUUGCAUGUUAAGACUGGUGAAAAUCGGUACAAAAGUAUCGCCAAUUUCGCGUUCAACAUUGUUUGUUUUGUUGACUUUGGGAAAAGAUACCAACAUCUGAAUGGUUACAUCUUUGAUGUCACAAGGGUAGAUGAGCAAACAAUGUAAGUAUGGUGUUUUGAUGUCAUAUUUAAGUAGCGUAUAUUGUAGCCGCACUCUGAAUUAAUAAAAUGUAAGCUAGCGUGGCAUGACUUUGUAUUCACGCGAGGUUUUACCAUUGAGAGCGAAAUAUUAUCGUCUUCUCUCAUAGUCAGUGCAAUGAUCUUUAUUCCAGGCAAUGUUUCGUCGCAACUAUUUGCAUGAAAAAACCGGGCACUAGUGUUUCGCAAUUCGCAAAUUUCACUGACAAGAAGAUGACGAGGUGGUUAAAGAAAAGAAACGUAUUUGGAGCCGGCACUGGCUUCUAGAGAGAAAAAACAAAGGUUAUUUCGGUCAGCUUCUUCCCGAUCUGGCUGCCCACGACACACCAGCAUUUGAAAAAUUUAUGCGAAUGGAUUUUGAUCAUUUCAAAAAGAUAGUUGAUAAUCUAUCUGAAAAGCUUUACAAGAAAGACACAAUAAUGCGUGAAUCAAUCAAGCCAGCAGAAAUGUGUUGUUUAAUUAACGCUUCGAUAUUUAGCAGCGCUAGAGCACGCUGUCCGUACAGAAGCGAAUUUCAUUGGCUAUCUUAAAAUAGCCCAUGCGUUUCCUGCUCAAACAAUGCCUGGGUAAUUCGAUAUUUUCGGCAAUCGUUGCCGAAAGUUCAAGCAUUUCAACUUUCCGCAACGAUUGCCAAGAAUAUCGGGUUGCAAUUGCGUUACCGCGCCAGAUAUGUUACACGGGCAAUUUCAUGACUUGCGCGAGUAACGCAAUGAAAUUUUACCCGUUGCGUUGCGUUGCCGGCGCGAGAAAAAAAUCGCACGUGUAACUGGACCUUAAUGCAAUCAAUAUGGCGUCGUAUAUAAUCGUUUGGAGUUCGGUUCGAUAUCAUCCUUCGAGGGUGUUAAAACAUGUUUUCCACUUUCCUUUUCAGGCGUACUUGAGUCUCCUGGAAUGAAUCCAAUAUCAAUAUCUUCUUCUGUCCAUUGAAAAAUUGCAAAUGAAUAUAAAUGGAUAUAACCUAUCUAAUAUCCUCUAAAUUGCAACAUUUCUUUAUAAAAAUGACUCUACUGACCUUCGAUACUCAGAUUAUGAAGAUUUAUUUCAAUUUCUUCCACAUUUCCGUUUCAUUUCAAGUUUAAAAAGAUGUCAAACAAAAGUUUGUUCGGAAACCAUACUAUUUUGCAUCACGUGGCAGAGCCUCCUCGCUUUCAUUUCAAUCUUCCCAUCACUCCGCGCGCGCUCACUUUUAUCCAGGAAACUUCAUGUAGAUUAUUUGUAAAUACUUAAGGGAGGCUCUGCGGAGGAGAGAGAGGACAAUGCUGUUUACUUCUUGAUCAUAUAGACAAUCUUUUUUAUUACACCCGUUUUCAAAAUUACGCGACCUCCCUGAAAAAUACUCUUACUUCAAAUGUCAGUUUUAUGUCACAAGAACUGCUAAAAAUAGCAAACGUAAACAAACUGUCAAAAGACAUUCUAAACCGUAUUUAAUACCAAAACUGAACAAAAAUGAGUUAGAUAACUUAGAUAUACAAACUAAAGCACAAUACAAGCCAUCACAACAGAAAUAUGUGCCGUGAAUAACUUUUAAAGUUUGAAAAAUAACACUCGAAUCUAGCUGUCAGUAUAAACACGCGCGUUAGACUAUAACGGUGAUGUUAUGAUUUUGUCCUGCUUAAAUUUUGCAAUAAUUCUCACUAAAAUAUCUUAAAAAUCAUUGUAAGCCUGCUUAUAUAAAGCAUACAAAGCAUAUACCAUCGACAAGGAACCGCAAAACUCAAAGUUUGAACUUCGUGGCCGAAUGACAUAAACCUGACAUGUCAACUCUAGCAUUUCCGUCCUUGGUCGCGUAAUUUUGAAAACGGGUGUAAAAUGUUUUGUUAACAAACUGUACGUAAAAAAGAUGAAUCUAGGUGUUCUCGCUUAGGCAAAUAUAUUUUUGCAAGAUGUACAGUAAUAUCGUGCCAUAAAUCCAUUUUGAAUAUUAUAACAGAGAUCGCUAACCGCAAACGGGGAACUUCAUAUCGUAUUUUGAGGUCAACUCUAAAUUUUAUAGUUGUUCGACGUAACUAUAGCAUUUUAGUAUAAAUUUCCAGGUGACUAUUGAUUUUUCUGCAUUCUGAUUGGUCAAGAUUCACUGUCUCUGAAGUGAUAGUCACUGGUCAGUGACUAUAGCUUUUUUUUCAAAAUGGCUGCUCGUUUUGCCGUAGUAACAGAGGAGGAAAUUGCCAAAAUUAAAGAAGAUAGCAUUCCGAAAAAACCCAAACAAGCUAUAAAAUAUGGUUUUAAAAUAUUUCAAGGUAAACUAUUAAACUUUACGUGCUUUUAUUUGAAAAUACAUUGAUUUGAAGUGAAUUUUUAUAAAGUUGUGUGGAUUAUUGUUUGUAAACAUCUGGAAAUUUAUACUAAAACAAUUAGUCGCCUCAGGCUCGGUGAUUACAAGCCUAUAUUCACUUCGCCUUCGGCUCAGUGAAUAUAGGCUUGUAAUCACCUCGCCUUCGGCGACUAAUUGUUAAAUAGGGCAAUUUGUGUAUUAAAAUUGAAGCAUUGAACCAUUUAUUUUUAAACUAAAAAAUCAGCCCAAUGAGUUUGAAAAACGUAGCGUAGCGAUAGUCAGAAUACGAAGUCCUAAGUCCUAAAGACUUCAUACUAAGCACGAUGUACGCCAGAAUUGACAAUAUUUGAGAGAAAUGCGACUGAAAGUCAGAAAGUUAUUUGACAUGUAUAAAACUUACGCCGAGGCAAGAAAGAUACAAAUGAAUACAGCUUAAACAAAUAUUGUAAAGGAACUAACAUCUCACUUCUUCUAACAUCUCAUUCCUAAGAACCUUUGAAAUGAUAUUGUAACUUAUUUGAAGAUUUUUGUUUGCACACUUUGUCUCUGAAUUAUUUCAGUUUUAUUGAUAUGCAAAUGUCCGGAAUUUACGUCGCAUAUGAAUAAUGACUGAUCAAUUAAAGAAUGUAAGGUACAGAUUACAGUUAAAUAUCAUGAAAUAAAAAGGCUAAAUGGUGUUUUACAUAGGUAUGUAAUCCUCCCACAACUCCAAACUUCAUUUUAAUGAAUUAAACUCGAUAGUGAAUACGAUAUACAGUCAAGCUUUUACUUUAAAUCAUUAAUAUGCAUUUGUGACGUAAAUUGCGGAUAUUUGCAUAACAAACAAACUGAAAUAUCUCAGAAACAAAGUGAGCAAACGAAAAUCUUCAAAAUAAGUUAUUAUAUCAUUUCAGACGUUCUUAAGAAUGAAAUGAUAAAAAUAAUCGAGGUUAGAUGCACUGUCUAGUCUUUAACUUAAAAGAAGAGAAGGUUUAACUGCAGCAGUGAAAACAAGUUACGAAUAUAUAUUGAUAUGAUUUGUCUCAUGCAUUUUUCACUGUUAUAAAUAUUGUAAACAAAGUCAAACUCUGUGUUUAAAAACACAUUUUCAAGCAUAUUUUCGUGAGACGACCAGAAAAAUACAAAAAUUUAAAACAGCAUACCUUUUUCAUUUUCCUUUUAGUAGAAAAGUGACAUUCGUAACAUGUACAUUUUUGCUGAAACUGUAUGUCUUUUUACGUGUUUCUUGCCAAUUUUCUUGAGUUUUCAUAUUGAUUUCGUGUUUAUCUUUCAAAUUUUUGUCAGCCUCGCUAUAAUACACAACCGCACUGAUCUCAAAUAGUUUGCAUGCAAGACCUCGGGCGCAGUUUUUCUCAUCCGGACCCCGCAGCCGGUAAAUAACAUAUAUGUACUUAAAGCCUGCCGCACACGAGAGAACAUAGCUCAGCUAUGCAUUUUCACCGCCGCACACGUUGGGAAAACUACUCAACCGAGCAACGUCGUUGAUAAGAUCGUUUACAUUUUCCUCCAAUUUUAACCAAGUCACGUGAAGAAACUUCGGGUUCUCAUUGGCUAGUUAAUUCAAGCAGCUCAGCACUAAGCUCGCAACAUCCGCAGACGUUAGAUUUUUUACUCGCGAGGUGAAAAGUAUCAAACACAACAGAUAUUUUCCUCAAGGCCACGAGAGGUUAAAUCUUCAUGAAAAUUAUCCGUUAAAUCUUCACGAGAAAAACAUGCUGAGCUAGCCUCCACGCGAGGCGGUUAACUCGGCAUGUUUCUUUCGUGUGCGGCAGGCUUAACUGUCGAAAUCUUUUACAGCUUUCCUUCAAUUGGUGCGAUUUGAGUUUGCCGGUUUUCCGUAAACAUCAUUCUUUAUUUUAUGUAUUAAAAAUGUUAAUUGAAUGUUUAAAACAUCAGAUGUCACUGGUUUUAAUUCUCACUUUUAGAAACUUGGCUGGUAGGCUAAAUGAUGACGCUGUGAAAGAGCUAAAAAUCUUUAUUGACAAUCAAACCAAGACAAGAAAACCGGUAUAUAAAUAUUGAGUUUUUUGACAGUGUUAUUUGCAUGUGUACCUUUAAGUCUUUAUCAUGUUCCUUUGUGAGUUUGUGGCACAGUUUAUCCUUCAUUGUCAAUCAUGCGGUUUUGUUAAAAGUUGCCUGCAGUUAGAGGGAAACAACCGUAACAAAUGUGUAACAAAGAAUGUUGCAAUUAUCGAUCGUACCAUGCAUAAUUUAUAAUAGCUUUGAAAUUCAACUCUGAUAAAUGAACGAUUCAUUGCUACUGUUUAUCAAUGGACCAUUUGCAUUAUAGACUAAAUUUUGAUCUAAACAAAAAUUUCAUCACAGCUUGAAAGAGCAUCGCAAAAUUAGUAAUAUUCCAAAGUUUCGUUGCGAAUUGUUGUAAAAUGCGGAUAAUAUAGCCUUUCGAAGUUUGCCGUUUUUCAGUCAUUUUGUAUUACGCACGGGAAAUUGACAGCCCAAUCGGGUGUUGGGGCAUCAAUUUCCCGUUUGUAAUACAAAAUGACUGAAAAUUGCAAAUUUCGCAAGGCUAUAUUAUCCGCAUUUUACAACAUUUGGCAACGAAACUUUGGAAUAUUGCUAAUUUUGUGAUGCUCUUUCAAGCUGUGAUGAAAUUUUUGUCUAGACCAAAAUUUAGUCUAUAAUGCAAAUGGUCCAUUGGUUCAAUUUAAUUACUGUAUUUAUUUAAAUGUUGUUACAGCAAAAUAUACAGACAUCAGUGCAUGCAUAUAAAUCUUGAGCUCCAUAGAGGGUGUACUUAUUUUAGUUCAGUUUUAGCUUAGUUUUUUAAUGUGUUAUACAUGAGUUACAAUUUGUGUUUUCUUGUUAGGUUGAACAGCAAGUUGAGAAAUCAAUGAAAUUAUAUAGUGAUAAGAGAACCGACGAACAAAAAGUAUGUUCAAGAUGUUGCAGUGCUUAAACCUUUAGUGAUAUCAGGCUGUCGUAACGGCCUUUAUCUGUCCCUUUUGAUUUUAAUGCUGAGGUUUCUUCUUUUCUUAAAGUAGCUAGCACCAGUGUGUGUGAUAUUAUUAAUAUUGCCCAGGGUAUAUUAACGCAGCAAGGAUGUGCAUAAUUAACGCAGCAAGGAUGUGCAUAGUUUAUCGCAUAGUUUAUCGCAUAGUUUAUCGCAUAGUUUAUCGCAAAUUUAGGAUACCAAUAAUAUCACAUCCCCAAAUUUCACUCCUUAAACGUUUAAAGGCUUUAAUGGUUGAAAAAUCUUAUUAUUUGUUAAUCAGCUAGUUUCAGACACUUUUGGCAAUAUUGGAGGGCAACUACCCCCUGCGCCCCUCCUUCCCAGUGUGUACCACUGUGCCUUGUUCGUUUUGUCGGGUGCUGCACAUUGUGCAGAUUAAAGAAAAAUACAGGCAUGCAUGAUUUGUCCCCAGGGCCCCCAGGACCACAUUAGAACGGACGAUCGGUCGAAUGGAUUAUGAACUACCUCUUAGAUGUUUUAUCUUCUCUGAAGUCAGUGAUCCUGCAAUCCCAAUUCUCUAAUUUAGGCAAAGAAAAAUUCUCAUUUAAAAGCUCGUGAUAAUGAAAGCUCGAUUGAACAAUACGAAGAGGCGAAAAGUGGCAAAAAGAAAGCAAAUUCCGAGAAAGAGUUAUCAAAGGUAAAAUUUUAGCGAGAUUAAUUUACAAUGAGCAUAUCAUAUUUUUAAAUACAAUAGACUACUGGGUAACUGGUGAAUAGUAAUAUUUAUAACAAAUUCCCAACCCUUUUUACUGUUUCUUUUUCUAGACCGGUCAACAAUCGAAUGUUUACCGGAAAAUCAAUAUCCGAUUGUUUAUCGCACACCGAUCAGUCUGUAUGUUUACCGAAAAACGGUCAACAUUCGAAUGAUAUAGUACAUAUAUACUUGUGUUAAACAUUUUUUAUUCAUAGCACUUAGAUAUAGAUAUCUGGUAACUUGCCUGUAAUAAAAAACUCUGUGUUUAUGUUUUUGAACACAAAAUUGUCUUUUCACUCGUGUAGCUCGAAACAAAAUGCAAGAAAGCAGCCAGUAGCAUAGAGAAAGCCGGUGAGUUAACGCAUUGUUCAUUUCAGUUAUUCACAAUUCUUCCCUGAUUGCAAUCUGACAUUGCUCAAUCAUGUCUUGUGUUCUAUUUAAUAUAUGCUCAAAUGUUUAUUAAAUGUUUAUCAAAUAUAUUUUCCCUUUGAUUCAUUGUGCAUUUAAUCAAUACGAGACGUUAUACCACUGGCCAUCCAAAUUGCCUGCUUACUCGAUACUAGUAUCUUGCCACCGUCAGAGCCUACACACAGACAAGACGUUUGACGCAGUUAGCAAUCUCGCACCAGGCUCUCUCUAUAUAUAAUCUACGCUUAUCUUCUCGUUAAGAUUCUCUCGUUCAUUUUCCUCGCCCGUCACUGUUGUUUGUGUAUUUUAUUUCUUGGUUGUUCUUCCUAUCCACUUGAUUGCCAUGUUUGCUUUACUAUUUACAGAUCGAGAUUAUAAAGAUCUUAAUUUAAAAGCGGAAAGGGGACGUAUUGAACUGGCGUCUGCUAUCCGUAGGUUUUCUCAGGUACCGGUAUACAUGUCUUUGCUUCGUCACUCUCCGACCCUUAUGAAAUGGUCCUUCGAAAGCUUUAUAUUAAGGCUUCAAGGUAGACUAUAAAAACACACAGAAUACAAUAUAAUUCAAGCUGAGAACUUGGUCUGCCAAUAUGUCAAACCAACCCAAGUUUUGAUCAGACACUAAUGAUUUAUAGGACUCCAAAAAGAAAAGUUGUAGAGUACAUUGUAUUGUAAAUAUUUUGCUUGCAUCCGAAAUUUGAGUAUAAAUUCAAUAGUGUAGCAAUUCAUUUGAUCAAUAUACCUCAAUAGUACGACGUUUCAAUCGAAAACGUUUGGUUUGUAUAAUUAUAUAACUACAGCUGUACUUUAUAGCUAUCUCAGCAGCAUUAGCAUGCAUAUUAGUAUCAAGAGAUUGCCUUUGCAAGAAUGAGAGAGAAAGUAUUCAAACUACAGCAUAGCAAAAUGGUCGGCCAUAAUGUUGGCGCAGAGCAAUCAGUAUAGACGGCCAUAUUUGCAUGGCGUUUCGAUCGGAGAAUGGCCGAUGGCCGACUGAACAUAGCCUGUUCGCAGCCCCCACUUUCAACGACAUUUCGGGCUGCGAGCAGGCUAACUGAACAAUGAACGCUUCAAACACAACAUCGUGGUAUUAAAAUUAAGUUUUUAUAUUAAAAGAUCUGUGAAACAACUGAAUGCGAGAGAGUACAGCAUAUAAAGGAAUUGUUUAUAAAGUACAGUGAAAUGUUGGAAGGAGUUAUUCCUCAAAUGCAGCAGGUACUGGAAAAAAUUGAAUAUGUUUCCUUGACAUUAUGAUUUCUGAUUAAGACAGCUAGACGUGUACUAUAAAUUUUGAGACCUUGCUGUAUACAUGCACACUAUAAAUUUUAUGAUCGUAUACUACUAUUCUUAUAGAGUUAUCAAAACGUCAAAGAUGAGUCAUCCAGAAUAGAGCCUAGUGAAGAUAUCAACUCAGUGGCGGAUCAAAGAGGGACAGAACGUGAGGCGGCAGAACAAUUAUUAACAGACUAUUUUGUAAGUAGAAGCUCUUUUAUCUCGUUCGUUUACAGUAUGUCUCUACAGUAUGUCAUAUCUUAAAAUUUGUAAUAACAUAUAUUAUUAUAUGGCAAGCAUCACUUCCGGUGAAAUGGCGGACUGUGAUUGGCUGAGAAGCACUUUCAGCGGUCCAUUAUUUUCCCGUAAUGGACCGGCGGUGCAUUACGUAAAAACAAACGUAUGCAUUUUAAAACAAAACAGCAAAACUAAUUGAAAAUUAGAAUUUAAUUUGUUAUUAAGAUAUCUGCGAAUGGUUUCAAGUGGAAAGGAAGGAAUACUUGGUGAUUUUUGUUUUCUUCGACCAAAUGUGUACCACGCUACUAUAAUAUAUGCAUUUCAAAUCGUGCAUUUUUUGUUUGUUUCAAGUAUAUAAAUGCUAUAUAAAUGCCAUAUAAUAAACUUUUUAUUAACCUCGCUUGCUCUGUCUUUACAAAGAAAUAUCGGACCUCGGUCUUUUUGUACAAACCUCGCCCUACGGGCUCGGUCCGUACAAAAAAGACCUCGGUCCAAUAUUUCUCUGUAAAGACCUUGCGCUCGGUUAAUAAGAAGUUAUUAAUACCACAGUAAGUAAUACCACAAAGGGGUGUUUCCAGAUACACAUCCUUAUUUUAGUUCAUACAGUUAAUAUAUCUGUUUCUUUUAUGUUCUCAGCAUGGAAAUAUAUAAUGUGCUUCAGCUUGUAGAGGGAUUUUGACCUCUCACUGAAAUAUCAUUGAAAAUGUAUGUGCCAUUCAUAAUCAUUUACUGAUUUUCGAAAACACAGGAAGAAGAUUUUCAGAAUAUGAUUGCCGCGGACAGGAGGAAGCAACGGUUAGAAGAGAAAGUUAAGAAUCUUUCGGUUGAUUUGAAAAGAGAAAUUAAAGCCAGAGAGGGUAUGUGUAUGUGCUGCAGGUGUCUUCACAGUUUACAAGAAAUGUUCGAGAAUACAGUAUAUCAGUAAAAGUGCCUAGUAUAUACUGCAUGUAUGUACGGCAUAGCUCAGUAUACAUGUAUAGGUUUAUAAUUCAUUUGAGAAGGCUAGCAAAUUGGCCUUGUUUCUGGCGUUUUCCUUAGGGACGGACCAUUAGAUAUUUGAUGGGGCAAAUACCCCCAAAAAAAUUCGUGCACAGAAAAAAUCCAGAAAAAAAUAUCGUGCACAACAAACCUAUUGAAAAAAAUCGAGUAAGAACUAGGGAUGAUUUUUAAAAUCGUAAUGCUAUUGUUUUAAAAUAUUAAAAUGGUGUUUUACGACAAUCGAAAAAUUUAUGCCUUCCCCCCGUCGAAGCAGCUGGGGGAUGAAAAAAAAAUCGUGCACAAAAAAUUGCCCCCCCCCUCAAACAUCUAAUGGUCCGUCCCUUAUUUAAUAAUUAUCAAUGUGUGAAUUCUGAAAAUUAGUAUAAGAAUGGAAAUAUAAGAAAAAAAUACUCCAAAUAAUAAUGCCACGCUGUAAAAACAAAGUGGUUAAAACAACCAUCAAAUUGGUUGUCACAGAUUCAUUUUGAAUCAGAGAUAACCAAUUUAUUGGUUGUGUUAAGUUUAACCACUUGGGCCCAGUUGUUCAAAGGUUGGUUAGCGCUAACCCUCGGUUAAAAUUUAGCCAGCUGUUUUAGUUUGUGUAUUUCUGCACAUCUGUUUAUUUCAAGACUUCAGAGAAGUAAACUCCUAUCCAUCCAGACAAGAUCUCUGAAAAAAAUAUUUCCAAAUUUAUAAACAAGCUGUCAGGACGCUUGCUUUGAAUUUUAGGUUAACAUAGGGUUAAGCUAACCCAGUUUUGAACAACCGGCCCUUGGUUUUUACAGUGCAUCUUGUAAAGGAAACAAGACACGUAUUAUGAUGGUGAUAUUUCGACUCUAUUUCAGGGUCAUUGUCAAACCAAACUAAUUAUUUACAAACGUGCUCAGAUCUUUUUCGGAGAAAUAGGGAGAUGACGUAAUCAACUGGGACGGAAACAGAAAUAUGAGGCGCUGUAUUUACACACAAAUAAAUUACGGAAAAACAGUUAGUCCUUUCGAAAUAUCACCACCUGCAUAAUUUAUGUCUUGUUUUCUUUAAAGAACUCGCAUCUUAUAUUUCUUAAAAUUGUCUGCUGAUAAAGGAUUAUUGUAAGAAUAGACUGUCUAGAACAUCGACAAUUAUACACUAAAAUUUAUUGCUCUUGUAGGGAUCGAACAUCUCUUUAAUGUUUACGAAUCAACGCCCAAUUAUACGAAUGAAGAAGGACAGAUGAAUGUUGCUGACCAACUGGCUGCAGUGAGUAAAUGUUAUACUCAUUCAUUUCUGUAUUUAAUAUGUUUAAAUUAAAAUCGGUUCCACUGAGGUGCAUGCAUGGGUGUCAUGGAACUGAACUGCAUGGAAUAAUAUAUCUGUCAGUUGCACGAAUAGAGGGUUAUGAUAUCUUAAAAUUAUUCUCAAACUCACUAAUUCAUGAGCAAAACAAACUAUUGGAAACAUUGGGCUAGUGUUCCAAAGGUCGUAGGUUCGAUUCCCACCGUGGUCAGGCAUAGUUUUCAAGCUUGCCCGGUGUGGAUACACACUUAGAGUAACAUCACAAGCAUCAGCAUGCACCUCAUUGUCGUUUUGAUGGAACAGUAUAAAAUGUCCAUCAAUUAACUCAUAUUAAUUUGGCAGAUAUAUAUAACAAAUUCGAAACCAGUUUAUUAUCGAAGUCGCUAUAGAGUGGUAAAUUGGUCUCUCGAGGUUUGCACGCGCGGGAUUGAUUAUGUAUACCACGUGAUGAACUUUUGGGGGAAGAUUGCUUAAAUAACGUCAUGACUAGUGUGGAUGGUAAACAUGCACAGUUCUAAAAAAGAACAGUAUUAAUGCUCAAGCAUGUUUUAGAACGGCAAAUCGAAGUGAAGAAAAAUAAUAUCACACAAGACUUACAACUUCCUUUCUGUGCUUGUCUAUAGUAUUUACAUUACCGAGCGUAUUUAUUAUUGUAGCCUAUAAAUAGCCAAGCAAGAAAAUCGAGUGAACAAUCGCGUACUUUGUGUCAGUUCAAGAAUGUUGUAGACUGCGCUUUCACAACUUGAAAUAUUGCUUUUAAAAAAAUAUUUCUUUUAAAAAAAUAUUGCUUUUAAAAAUAUUGCUUUUAAAGUGUUUUAAAGAUAAUUUCUCGAUCAUAAAAGGUUUAAAAGCGCCAUUUGCAGUUGAACAUCGGCGGAUUAUGUUCUUCACGAGGUGCCCAAAACGUUCAUCACGUGGUAUAUAAAAUCAAUCCCGCGUGUGCAAAUCUCGAGAGACCAUUUCACGACUCUAGGAUCUCGAUAAUAUUACAGGAGUAUAAGACACAUUCCCAUACCUGCUCCUCAAAGCAUGUGGACAAACUCGGAUAGCGCAUCAUUUUUUAACACACUUUUCAUUAUUUUAUAUUCCGGUACUGUACAAUGAACGCUUUCUUGUUUAUUAUAUAUUACAUAAUAAAUAAUACACUCAUCAAUUCAUUUGCUGUUGUUUACACUUAAGGCUGAUGAAGUCAUAAACAGUAUUGACGGUAGUUUAUACAAAUUACAACAUGCAUUGGCUCAAGUCAAUCGACAAGAAGCACCAAAUCAUAGAUUAUCAUCCUAUAUUCAAAUUUCGAAAGACAAACAGGUUUGUUAAUUAAUUAAGGAAAAUAAUAAAGUUGUACUGUUUGGGUUGAGGGUCUUACUGUGGAUAGGAUUGUAUAGAUUUUAGGACUAUAGUGUUUCUGAAUUUUCAGGGCGUUUACUGACUGUGCAUGCAUGCUAUGUCGCCGAGCCAACGGCGCGGAACGCCGUUCCUGGCGUAUAUAAGUCCAGGGCAAGUGUACUAAUUCCGCUCGGCUAUUUACACCCGGGAAAAAGAAAGCAUUAGCGAAAUCUAAAGUUCAUCAAUAAUCGCGUGGCUAUGUUUCAUCGUGUGUGGGUGGUGAUCCUCACUGAUCUCAAAAUUAUGGCUGUUUUCAGGAGUGUGAUAAGCAAGAUUUCAAUUUUCAAAAAAUAUCUUUGGAAAAUCGUUUCAUACAACAAGCUUUCAAGCAAUUUUUGUUUGAAGAAAUAAGAAGAAUUGAAUUACUAUCGGAAAUUGUGGAAUAUAGGGCAAAUUUACUUUGAAUGUUUAAUAUUUAUGAAUUUUGUUGCUUUGAUUUUUUUGCGUAUUAAAAACAAUGCACCGUUUCUUUUAAAGUAUGUAGCUGUAAGUUUGGAAUUACUGGAUAAUGGGUCGUUCCAGAAAAGAUCCAUACUCCCCCCCACAGAGAAAAUUUCUGCCGUCCAGAGGGGGAGGGGAGAAAAAAUUGUUUCUGAUAACAGUAAAUGUAUUAGGACAUCAGAAGGGGGUAGGGGGGUUAAAUUCCUAUUUCCUCCGUAGGGUGGUAUGGAUGUUUUCUGGAAUGACCCAAUUUGAACUUAUUUUGUUGUAUUAACAAAAUUAAAAACAGUUUAUCAGUAAAAUUAUCUUGCUUGACUGAAUAUUUCAAAACAUUUUACGAAACAUUAUGCCAUUUUUGCCAUUUUAUAAAAACAAAAUUUAAAAAUUUAAAAUAAUCGUGUUGCUAUGGCAACACUUGACUGACUUGAGUUGACCACUGAGCUUUAGGGGCUGAUUACAUUGAGUUUUCAGCCCAGCCUGAACUGAGUUUAAAUUUCCGUUCAAACCAAGGUGAAAUCUCAGCCCGGGCUGAAACGAUCAAGUCUCAAAAUGGAGCUAUUCCGCUUCUUCGAAGAAUUUAAAAUGUUGUUCAUGUCUAUAAUUUGACUUCUGUGAGACUGUGGUUGCAUUUAAAAUUAUAUAAUAACGUUAAGAAUUCAAGCGCUCUCAUUGGUCGAGAGCCAUGAUCUAUUAGAGGACAGACGCACGGACUGAUUACGGUCACAAUUAAGGUAGCCAAUAUAGCAUUCCUUAUUUGUAUAUAUCAUGUACGCGUGAUAUUUGUAAAAUUUCGACUUUUUCAAAAUUCCAAAUGUUUGGGUGGAUAAAAAGUAAGCUAUUUACCUUUUAAUUCGGGUUUUUCUUUAUUUUGCCAUUGUCUGUUCAGUUGUACAGGGUGUAUAAAAAAAAGCGCAAUCCUCGACUGAAAUGUAAAUUGCUAAACAAAUAAUAGACGAAAACGUUAAAGUUUACAUUCAUUUUAAAGCGCAGCCAUUCAGCUUUCUAACAGUGGGUUGUUUCUUAAAUUUGACUCAUUGGUUCGCGGGUAAUAAUACUUUACGUUAUUGCGAUUGGAGAUUAAAAAAAUUGAGAUGGAAUAACAAAUCGUUCUCAUGAAAAUAAAUGAUUUUUUCAUUAAAACAAAAAAAUGUUGCAUUUUAUUAAAUGGAUUGUAACAAUAAGUAUAAUUACGGCUUUUUUUCCACUAUUUUUAACUCAGUUUGAAACUUCAAAUGCGAUAUAAUUUUGGCUUGGACCAUCUAAGCUGACUGACAUCAACUUGCUAUAAUUUCUGUUUACAUUACAUCGCAAUUCGAUGACACUCUGGCUCAGACACCAGAAUGUUUUGACGAUUUUUAGCAUUCGUUUAGGAUUUUCAAACAACCUGCAUGGUCUCUUUUAAAAUACUUUUAAUUUGUUCUUACGUGGUUUUCAAGAUGUAGUGACGACAACAUUAAAGUUUAAAGAAGGAAAUUCUAACAUUUAAACCGACUAAACCUGAUAACAUAGCAGAGAUAACAUAGUAAACUUGCAUAAUUAAACAGCAACUAAAAAUGAUAGGUUUUACUAAAUCUUUUCCUGUGCAAUUAUUACUAGCAUUGGAGACAAGGAUAAUAGUUUGUUUGAAAGAGAAAAGAACAGGCUUUGAAGUAAGCCUAAAAGCGUUUAACUAGAAAUAGUAUUUCGAAAGUUAUUAAGCACAAAAGAUGAAUUGCGUUUAUUUUGAUACACCCUGUAGAUACACAUGCAAUAUGACAUAAUGUAGGAAGAACAAAAAAGUCACCCACUCCCCUCGGCGGCUCGUGCGCCACUUUUUUGUUCUUCCUACUUUAUGACGUCACACUGUGUGUCUAUAACUGAACAGACAACGGCAAAAUUUUAUCUAUUUGUUAAAUAGAACAGACAGAAAUAAAGUCACUUAAACGUUGUUUUUUCUCGGGCUGAAAUUUCUCGUCGAUUACAUGACGAUUUUUAGCCUGGGUAGCUUCAACCGGGCUGGAAUUUCAGUCUGAGCUGAAACUCAUCCCGGGCUGAAAUUUCUGUCAUGUAAUCGCUUGCUGCAUGUGUUUCAAUAGAAUUUUAUCCUUAGGCCGGGCUGAAACCGCCCUCUUACAAUACCAGUAAUAUGAUGUUCGUGAUGUUACUCUGAGUGUAUAGACACUCAGAGUAACAUGACAAACAUCAUAUUCACCUUAGUACACAACACCAACACAGAAAAAAACAAACCAGUAAUACGUGUAUAACUCAGUGGAGUUGACUCACAAUGCGUUUAAUGUUGGCCAAUACUUCAUGAUAAAUCAAUACUUAUAAUUGGAAAAUAUAGGAGAGGAGUUGCUGCAUGCAUGUAUUUUUUUAGUAGUAUAUAUACUGUACCCAGAAGAGCAAAAACCCUCGCCAACAUUAGACUGCAUAUGCUUAUUCAUUCUAUACGCUUCAGUACGACCAAAUACAAGGCCAACACAUGCGAAGCCGCAUUGGAGGCAUUGCAGUGGAUAUAUGGCAUGCAUCGUUUUAUAUGAAAUUAAAAUAUAAAUUACGAAAUGCAUCUUUUCCCAUAUUCUUUAGGGGUUAGCAGUUAGUGUUUUGAAAAUUCCACUUGGUGAAGUGACAAAGAUGACGCGUGCCGAUAGCAAUGUUGAUCAAGGCUAUCCAAGUGGUAUGUUUUUUGAAAGCUUACAUUAAAAGGUUUUGAUUUCAUAAGAUUAUAAAUAACUAACCUAUCUUUUCAUGGGCUGACCUAUCUCAGUCUGUAGUUGGAAAAAUUUUGCUCGAUCUUGACUACCUCAUGUAAACAUACACCUCACUAAAAUAUAAUUAAUCUAAUCAAAACUUGCAGAAAUUAAUUUAUUUUAGACGCCGCUCUUCUGUCGUGUAUAUUAGGUUCGGCGCAUGAAAAGUUCGCCGUCUAAACCGGACCGACGAAAAGAAACGCCCAUAUUUGCAAGUUAAACGUGAUAUCAGGACGGUGAUUCUUUCUCCUCUCUCUUCCAUAGAGGCGUCAAUGUCAAAACGUGCUCUUUCAAAAAUAAUUGCCCUGCUCUUAGCCAAUCAGAAUUGAGUAAUUUUUUAAUCUAUUUUAUUACUAUCUGAAUAGACUAAAUUUCAAGUUGAAAUUGUGCUGUUUGUUUUUAUAGAUGAUGAAUUCGAGGAGGAUUAUACUUCGUCAGGUACAUUUUGUUUAUGUACUUCUUUAAACCUCUAAGAAUCUUAAUUAGGGGCCGAUUACAUGGAGAAUUUUCAACCCCGGGGUUGAACUCAGCCCUGUUAACCGGGUUGAAAUGUUUUUGCGAUUACAUGGACGAUUUCAACCUCUGGUUGAAACGCUAUACUAUACGUUCUCGGCAUCGAUUCCCGGCCGGAAGUAAAAAAAGCCUUCAUUUUGUUUUCUUGUAAUAAAUAGUCAUUACCAUGCAUGCUCGAAUAACUCAUGAUAAUUCCUAGCUGAAGCAGGGUGGAAAUUUCAACCCCGGGGUUGAACUCAGCCCUGGGUUGAAACAUUUGUCAUGUAAUCGCGCGUUUGGUUUUGAUAGAGUUUUGUAUUACAGACAGGGCUGAAAUUUUAACCCGGUAAACAUGGCUGAGUUUAACCCCGGGGUUGAAAAUGCUUCAUGUAAUCGGCCCCUAAAUCUUAUGAUUUAGACCAACUGCUGAACAAAUUUUUACGUGGUAGUAAAAGUUGGGCAGAGAUUGCAAAUUAAAUCGAAUAUAUUUACGGAAUAGCAAUAUUUUCCAAAAUUGUAACUUGUAGCCUACUGUAGGAAAGAAAUUUUUUAGACAUGUACAUCGUUUGAAAAAAACCCUCGAAACUAAGACUUUGACCUGUUGUAGUAUUCUUGUUAACACCAGAGACUACAUUAUGAUUUUCAACAGCACUCGAAGGGAGGAAAGGCCUUGACUCUUAAGGCAUGAACCACCAGAAUAAUAUUUUUAUUCUAGGGUCUCCUGAAAACGAUUUUCUGCCUUUUAAGUGAGGUUUUUAUCGUAUUAAAACAAGAAAAUACAAUCACUACAGGGCCCAUCCUAGAUAUCAGGAAAAUAGCACUGAUUACUAGUGUGUAAAUAGAAAUAACUUGGAAUAGUAGCUGGUGUUUUUUUAAAAAUGUGUCGGAUAUAAAUAAUACCAAAUCUGAUUAAAUUAGUAAAAUUUGUUUUAUUUUAUAUAAGACUAGGCCACUGAACUAUCCGAUUUAAGAUUAUAUUUUGUUAAUUUAGGUUAUAUCGGUCAAUGUAUAGCGCAAUAUCACUACGACGGAACCCAAAGUGAUGAACUGACUAUAAGAGAGGGAGAUGUUAUAAAUCUUUCCGAGAAACAAGACGAUGAUUGGUGGUUAGGUGAACUAAACGGUAGAACUGGGAUAUUUCCUGCAACGUAUGUACAGGAAAUGUGA